AUGGAUCCCAUUUACAUCAGCCCUACUUUCUUAGGGAUUGCAGUCGUUUGGAUCGGCUUCAGUCAGUUUGUUACUGGCAGUGAAGCAGAGAAAGCUAUUGUUCCAAAAGAAGAUAAAGAAAAAAUAACAUAUUUUAAAUUAAAAAAUUAUCUACACCGGUCCGGAGCAGUGAAUGUCGUCUAUCUUCUUAAGAUUAAAAGUUUUCGACUUCUUGUGCAGUGGUAA